GUCUUCGUGUAGUCAACGCUAGUUAUAUUACUUAUAUUAACUAUAAUAUUAUGCAGAUAAGUAUUUUAAAUACAUUUGAUUUAAAGUGUUUCCAUUUUAAAUACACUCAGUCAAAGUUUUUAACUAUAUAAGUAUCAAUUCUAAUACCCAAAAAUGUUGACUUACAUGGACAUACAUUUAAAAUACACACUUUCAGUUAUCGGUGUAUUGGCAUUAAUCACCCGGCCGUUUCUAUGUCGCAUGGAAACAACCAAAAUAGCAUUCAUAAGCACCGUAGCACUACUCUACACAACACUGUGUUACAACUACACUAUCCUGAAUGGAGCUCGGACAUAUUCGCCCGAAAAAGUUUCUGGCGUUAUAGGAAAUAUCCCCGUCGAUGAGUACAUAUCCGUAGUCCUACAAGUCGUUCUCGUUUCGCUGUGGGCCUACCUCUGCGUUCGAUGGAAACACCAAUGCUUGAACUUUAACCAUGACAAACAAAGUUAUCAGACGAUUCGCUGGAUGCCGAUCCUACUGCUCAACGUCACCACGGCCAUAGGUUACGGAUUGGCCGUCCCGGGACAACAAACGUUUUACUUGGGAAGCAUAAUGUGUUGGGCAUCUCCCGUGAUAAUGGUCAUGUGGUACGGCGCGGGCAAUUAUUUCGUGAAAAAUUUAAUACCAUCGUCUUUUGCGAUCGCGAUACCGACUUUAUACCUGUUAUUGGUCAAUCGGAUAGCCCUGAAAGAAGACGUGUGGCAUCUAAACAAAACUACCAGCUUAAACGUAUCCGUGGCCAACGGUUUACCAUUAGAAGAAGCACUAUUUACAUUUAUAACGACCGCGAUGAUCGUCUUGGCAGGAAAUUGUUACGACAAAGCAUACAGUAUGAUCAUAACGUUUUCUUUAAUAUACCCACACCAGUUUAGUUUCAGUAGAAGUUUCAUUGGUCAGAUGUUUAAAGCAUUCGCGACUUCGGAAUAUACAAUGCCUUCUAUUGUAACAGAUGACUUGAAAUAUUGUAUCAAACUAUUAGAUUCGUCGCAUUCAUUCGGCACUUCUAAUUAUUUAUUCCAUACCGCAAUUCGUUUGGAUUUAUUAAUUAUAUACGGAUUUACUCGUAUUACGGAUAAUAUGGUUGAUGAUGAAUCAGACUUUGAAAACAAAAAAAUUAAAUUAAAACUAUGCUACAAAUUUAUCAACGAACUUUUCGCUGACAGAAAAUCAGAUUUUGAUGUUAAGUCUUAUCCACAAGAAAUAAUCAUCGAUUGGAAGGAAUACGAGUCUGAGUUGACAGAAGAAGAAUUGGCAAUUUUCCGUGCAUUUUCUAGAAUAGCAUUUCUUUUGCCUCGUAAGCCAUUUGAAGAAUUGUUUGAUGGAUUUCAAUUGGAUCUUUCUGGUACAUUGUACAAAAAUGUAAACGAUUUGUUGAUAUAUUUCACACUUGUGGCCGGAAGUUUCGGUGCAAUGUGUGUUUAUAUAAUCAUGUACAGAUACAAUAUUGACAAGUACGAAUUCGUUGAAAAGGACGAUUAUUUGAUUAGAAAAUCCUAUCAGAUAGGAAAUGGAUUACAAUUUGUGAACAUUGCCCGAGAUCUUGUCCGUGAUAGUGAAGCAUGGGGUCGAUGUUAUUUCCCUACUGAAUUAUUGGAUGACGAAAAAGAAGAUCUUAGGAUCUUGUGUCAGGAAAAGAAGCCAAGAUCUAUGGGAGAUAAAAAGUUGCAGAGAUACGCCCGGAUGAUGAUUCAGUUGGCCGACAAACAUCAAUUGGAAUCGGUGGACGCUAUAAACCGUUUGCCAAGAGAACUACGUGGUCCAAUUCUAGCGUCUACUGAGAUUUACCGUGGGCUUAAUUAUGCAAUCCAAUCAAGUCCAACAUUUCCUCACAAAGCGAAAUUGACGAAAUAUAAUCAAUUAAUGAUAUUAUUUAAGAUUUUAUACAUUAAAAGUAUGAAAUACGUCAUAUAA